AAUAAAAUGAGUGCUAAGCCAUGGCGUCUGCAACUGUGUACAAAAACCCAAAUUUUGCUGUAAUUUGCUCGUUUUUACAGCGUUAUGGCGAGCAUUUGCAACUUCCAGAUCUUACUAUUCCAGAAUUGCAAGAAUCCCUGGAAAAUGUGGAGCAAGUGAGCCAAGAACUGCUGUUUAUGCACAUCAAGUUAAUGAGAAGAAUCAUCAAAAAUGUGUCGGUUGACCGCUGGCAGAAACAGCUGGCAAAGAUGCUACGGCAUUGGUGUAAUCCAGUGUAUGCGUGGGAAAUUGAGGAGUUCGGCUAUACGGAAAUCAAACUGGACUCCAAGAUCAAUCUGCUUAAGUUUUUGUGUGAAUCGCAGUUUGAUACUAAUGCUAAGGUACGUGAAGUUGUGAAUGAAGAGAGUCCUGACAAGAUGCGCCUCCAACCAAUUGGACGUGACAAAACUGGACUCGUUUAUUGGUAUCAAAAGGACCAGGAUGCCAACAUUCGUUUGUACAGAGAAGAACAAGAUGAUGAUGACAGUUCAUCUUGGCAACUUAUUUCAUAUGAUAGAAACCAACUUGCUGGAAUAAUACAUGAACUUAAAAGUUCGGACAUUGUAGAAGACGGGGAAUCAACAAGUAGCGAUGAUAAAGCUGAAAACGGUUCGGAAAAAAAAUCUGAUGAAACAGAAGAUGUAAAGAUGGACGUUGGGGAUGCAGAAAUAGAAGGAAAAGGCAUUGAAAAAAAAGUUGAAAUGAAAAUUGGAAAAGAAAAGGAUGAAAGAAUCGAAGAUGCUACAGAAAGCACGAAAGUGAAGGAAGAAAAAGACACAGAGAAACAGGACAUUGAACAUAAUGGAAAAGAAGAGAAAAUGAAAGUAAAUGAAAAUAAGAGUGCAGAGAUAAGUGAACAAACGACAGAAACUAAAGACGUAGGAAAAGAUACUACAGGGGGGAAAAUUGAAGCAGAAGUUAUAGUACAGAAAGAAAAUAUUUCAGAGGGAAAAAAAGUGGCAGCUGAAAAUGUUGCAGAAAGAGAAAGUGAAGAUAAAAGUAAAGAAAAGAAUGAAUCUGAAAACUGUAAGGAUGAAAAAACAAUGGCCAGAGCAUCAGUGAUAGUUAUGACAUCAAAGGAAUCAGUCAAAAAUGAAAAAUCCGAUUCAAUUGAGGAAAAAGACAAUAAAGUUGAAACAAAGGAAACAACUCAAAUGGAUGAAGAGUCAACAGAAGUUCCAAAAACUAAAGAGGAUGAAGAAUUAAAUGAAGAAGAGGAAGAGAUGAGCGGUGCUGAAAAAGAUACAAAUGCCAAGGUGGUGAGCAAGAAACCUAAAAAGAAGAAGAAAAGAAGAGUUCCAAUCCGCUACACACCUAAGAGAAGAUCCUCACGGAAAGCAGCUGAGAAACUAGAGGAAAUGAAAGAGGAGGAGGAGGAAAAGGAAAAACAACCUGAGGAGGAGGACGAGGAACCGCAGGAGGAGCAUGAUAGUCCUUGUGGCAAAUGUCAUCAGUACAACCAUCCAGAAUGGAUUCUUUUGUGUGAUAGCUGUGAUGCUGGCUACCAUACUGCAUGCCUACGUCCACCGCUAAUGAUCAUCCCUGAUGGUGAUUGGUUCUGUCCCAGCUGUGAACAUGUAAAACUUAUUUCGCAGUUGGAAAAAACUCUUGAAGCACUGGAUCAAGAGAUCAAACAAAAAGCUAGAAAGAGACGCAAGAAAAAUCUUUUAACUUAUGUGGGCAUCAGUGAGGCUAAUAUCCUACCAGUUGAGACGUUACUUAUUGAGAAACCAAAGCGUAAGAAAAAGAAAAGACAGUACAAAGACUAUGUUGAGGAUUUCGAAGAAGAGUAUGAGGUGAUCGAACGGCGAUCGCGGAGAAAUCGUAAACAAAUCAACUACAGGUUUGAUGAGUUUGAUAAUACCAUCAACUCUGCUAUACGAGAUGAAGUUGAGGAGCACGACAAAGCCCUGGAAGAAUAUCACAAAAACUAUGGAUUCAGUAGAGGGAAAGACAUUGAGACAAUAGAAAGAGCAAAUCGAGAAGGAGGGGAUUACGGUGGGAAGGGUCCAAGAGAAGAUGAAGAUGAUGAAGAGAGAAGGAAUUAUGAACGUGUACAGAAGAAAAAGAGAAAGCUGAUGGAUUUGGAUGCUGAGAGCAGUGAAGCGAGUGAUGGAAGCGAAGACUUCAAAUUAAGUGAAAGUGAGCAAUCCAGUUCGGAAAAAGACGAUUUACCGUACGACAGUGAUGAGAGUGUUUACAGUGGCAUUGGACGGCGGUCAUCAAGACGACUAAGGCAAAUGCCAACGAGGAGGAGCUCACGUACCAAGACGAAAAAGAGAGCGCGUUACCAAGAUUACAGCGACUCUGAAUUAAGUGAAGAUGAGCUGGUUUCAUUACCAGAAACUGAGGAAUCUAGCUAUGACAGCGAUGAGCUCACUGGCCGCACACGACAACGCAAAGCAGCUCGCAAACAAGUCUCUUACCGUGAGGACUCGAAUAGCGAUGACUCUGACAAUUCUAAUGGUUCGGAAAUGGAAUCUCGUCAGUCAAAGAGAAAAUUUGUAUUACGCAGCGAAGAUGAAGAUGAGCAGGAAGAAGAAGAUAAGAAAGAGAAAAAACGCUCAAAAAAGUCAAAGAAACGCAUCUGUGAUGAUGAUGAUAGUGAUUUCAGUCUUGGGGAGGAGUUGGACAAGAUAGAGAAGUCGCAUAAAAGGCAGGCUAGUUACCAAGCGUUGGUUGAGGACUCUACAAGUGAGGAAGAAGAAUUUGAAGAGGAAGAAGAGGAUGAGGAUGAAAAGAAGGAGAAUGAAACGGAUGAAGAUGAAGUAGAUGAUGAAAAUGACGACAACGUUGAGAAGAAAGAAACAAAAGCUCCAGAAGAUAAGGAAAAUGACAAUAACAAUGAAGGUGAUAAAGACACUAAAGGGAAAGCAAAUGAUUCAAAUAAAGAAAAUGAAGAACAAAGAAACACUAAGAAAGAUGAAGAUAAAAAUAAGGACAAAGAACAAAACACUGAUACGAAGAAGAAGGUAUCACCUUCAAUAAGUGGAAAUAAAUCGUCACUCGCUAUCAAUGGCGGAAACGGAAGUAACGGUAGUCGUGAAGGCGAUGAUGAUGAUCUCCUGAUGGAGGUUACUGAUCUCAUUGAUUUUGUCACGGCAGACGAUGCAGUAUAGAAUUUUAAAUGUUUUUAAAAUGUGUACAGUGUAGUAUACGUCAAAUAAUGAAUGGAUGUUACCACAAAUUAAGGCAUGAAUACAGGUUUUAUAAAAAAAAAAGCCUGCUGUAGCUCAGCUAUUUGUCUCUCGAGGCAUUCAGCACGUCUUCAAACACAACAGAGAGCUUUUCUUCUGUGUGACGAUGCAAUGCUAGAAGGGAAUCACUCAUACAUUCUCUGCACAACAUAGAAUUUGAUCAAGUUGCAUCCUAGAAUCCACACGACGAGAAGAACUUAACAUUUUCACACGCGCAGAUGAAUUCUUAGGGAUGUCAUUACGUUU